GUCCUCUUCCUCCUCUUGCUCAUCGACAUCGCCGACGUCUACGACUCCAAACACGACACAGAAAGCUCGCCAUGAUCCUCCUCGAGCCCCAUAACUACAUCAUCUACACGACCCUCACGGAGAAGGCCUCGCAACCGGCCGCUCUCGAUGUCCAAUUCGUCGAUUUCGAUGGCGUCCGCUUCCGCCUCACCACCCCCGAUCGCAAAGUGCCCACCGCACUCGUACUCUCCAUGAACAUCCGCUGCUGGGAUGAGCUUGUGCGGUAUGGCGUGAAUGAGGUACUAGCACGGGAAUACACCUCCCUGUUGCGUGCACAGCCUGAGGAUGGAUACAACGUUACGCUAGACGUGAACCUGGAACAGCUACCAGCAGGAGGCGAGGAACGCGACGCGUUUAUCAAAUCGCUGGCCUUACUCAAGCGGAAUGCGCUGGCCGCGCCGUUUGAGGCGGGCUUCAAGACGCAGAAGCAACUGGAGGCAGGGGGCACCGGCCAGGGAGAGCUUAUGGCGCUGCACUACCGCGACGAGGAGGUCAUCUAUGUCCAGGCAUCCUCUGACCGUGUCACAGUGAUCUUCUCCACCACCUUCAGGGAAGAGACCGAUCGCGUGUUCGGGAAGGUGUUCCUGCAGGAGUUCGUCGAUGCUCGGCGACUGCCCACGAUCCAAGCUGCGCCGCAGGUCCUUUACACAACACGCGAACCGCCGCUCGAGAUCAGACACCUGCAGGGACUGAACGACACCGAAGACGUCGGCUAUGUCACCUUCGUCCUCUUCCCGCGCCACUUCGCGAAGGCGGAGGUCGCGGCGUUGACGAUCACGCACAUCCAGCUCUUCCGCGACUACCUCCACUACCACAUCAAGUGCUCUAAGGCGUACAUGCACUCACGUAUGCGUCACCGGGUGAGCGAGUUCCAGAAGGUGCUGAACAGGGCGAAGACGGAAGUCGCGGUGGUAGACCGCAAGACGGCAUCUGGUCGUACCAUGCGGUGAGCCCGUAGUAGCGGGAUGAGGGAAAACUUUGUAUUACAUACCACGGAAUCAUAACUUGCAACCUGAGAUCACGGACGUUUUAUUGUAGAC